UUGCACUAAAAUCCUGGGCUUUGAAUCUUGAUCAUUGAUUCAAUUUUCUUUCUUCGAGAUCACACAUUUAAAAUAAUAGGUUUGAGGGCUCUUUCGUGCUUGAUUAAAAGGGAUCGUCUGGGUUCUUUCUAGUAUGCAUGCUUCAUUCUGUGAUAGCUCUAACUUGUGGAGCUUUAAUGAUGUUUUUCACAAAUGAGGUCACUGUGUUUGGUCAUGGCAUUGAAGUAGCAACAAAGCUUAAAGGUUCGACGUCACAUGACCAACUCUUGAUCCAAACCUCCGAAUCCUUUUCUGGGUUGCUUUUAUUAGCUAUCGGGUUCCUCUUGUUUAUGGUAGCAUUUGUCAAGGACAGAGAGUUCCAAAUUUUCUUUGCUAAAGGUUGUACCUCGUUUCAUGUUUCAGUGGCCUUUUGGAGAGUUUACUUCGAGCAGAAGCUUGAAGAUCUGGCUCAUGAUUUGCCUAGACUAGUUGCUGGUGAUAUUGCUCUGGCUCUUUCAUAGGUUUUCUUUCUUGUUUAUUCAUGGAGAGAGAAGUAUGAUUAAGAAGCUACAACAGUCAGAUAGUCCAUCAUUGAAUAAACUUGAGCUGGUAUUGGCUACAUUUCUGGGUUCUACCAAGUGGGGUUUCAUUUUUCUUGGCUACAGGUUGAAUCUGGAACUUUAGAGAAAUGGAGGCAAGGCACGCAUCAGAUUCUUGAUUACUGUUUUCUUAAUUCUUGAUUGGUUUCCAAGAAAAGUUGGAGAUGGGAUCUGGGGGUUGUCUGUUGUUUUCAACUGAGAAUCUUCAACUCGAGAAGUUACUUGCGCGCUCCAAUAUUGGCUUCUUGUCCACCUUCAAUGUAAUUUGUAAAUCAAUCUUAUUCAAUUUGUUUUUGCUGUCAAUAAAACUUUUUAAUAAUUUUUUAUUUUA